AUGUCGCUGGCAUUCCUCCGCGAGGCCGCCGCCGCUGCCAAGAAGCAGGAGGCACCACAACCACCUCCGCCCAAGCCCGAAGGAGAAGCAUCUACGCCAUGGAGACGCAUUGAUGACAUCGGCAGCGGGCUGUUCCUUUGUGGGGCAGCUGCCCUGGAGAACAAGGCCGAGCUCGAGCGCUUGGGAAUCCGCGGGAUCCUGAACUGCGCGAAGGAUGAAUUGUACAAUCGAUCCUACUCUGAUGGAGUGCCCUUGCGCAUGCGGCUUGAUGGCUACGAGAUUGACGUGCUAGAGGCGGAAGACAUUGAGGAGCAGCCCAUGCGUGACCUUUGGGUUCGUUCGGUGGAGUUCCUGGACAAGGUGCUCCGUGAGGGUGGUUGUGUGGCUGUGCACUGUGCGCAGGGCGUAAGCCGGUCAGCGAGCACGUGCCUGGCGUACCUGAUGAUUCGGGAGGGUUUGUCCCUGGAAGCCGCCUUCCGCCGUGUCUUCACUGCCAGGGACUUCAUCCGCCCCAACCCGGGCUUCUGGCAGCAACUUCGAGACCUAGAGACUUCCCUCUUCGGGAAGUCUGCUGGCGUGGGCAACGAUCAGGAUGCUGCCGGGCAGGCACUGCUGCGCCUGGACGAGGAGCUGAGGCAGAAGAAAUUGGCUGUGGCCGCCGGUUGGUUGUGA